AUGGUUAUCCGGAGAUUUAUCUGUCCUCAAAUAUCUCGUGUGCGUCUUGUCAAUCGCGUCCUCCCCCGUCUCGCCGCUUGCAUACCUAAGGCGAUGACUAGCACUUCCGCGCAGACUAUAACAGAAAGUUUUGCAAAUUUUUGGAAAAAAGUUUCUAGUGAAGAUUUCCCAACAUUGCGCGACCUUGCUAUGCAAAUUUUAAGCAGGUGCCUUGGAUUUGAAAUGGCUCAUCGAAUAAGUGACAAUGCAAUAGCAUCUGCUCUUUUGGAAGAAAGUGACGACGAUUUGGACGAGCUCUUUUUACCUGGAAGCGAAGAUGAAUCGGAUCAUUUGAGUGUGAAGUCUGAAUGUGAAAGUGAAGAAGAAGAAGAAUAA